UGCUCUAAAACACGCUCUGCUCCACUCUUCCUCUCUCGCCCAACCUGGCUUCCGCGCCCUUCACGGUCUACUCGUCCUCGAGACCGCAAAAGCACCCGGACGCCCGCCCCGCUGCCGCGAACAUGUAUUCGCAAGCGUCUCGCAAUGUAGACCUUACUAAGACCGAGACAGAGCUCACCACCCACAUUCGCAAAGCCACGUCGAUCGAGGAGACCGCCCCCAAGCGCAAGCACGUGCGCGCAUGCAUCGUGUACACAUGGGACCACAAGAACUCGCAGUCCUUCUGGAAUGGCAUCAAGGUGCAGCCUAUCCAGGCCGACGAGAUCCAGACCUUCAAGGCGCUGUAUACAGUGCACAAGGUGCUGCAAGAGGGACACCCGGUCGCGCUCAAGGAAGCUCAGCAGCAUGUCGGGUGGCUUGAAGGCCUCUCCCGGGGCAUGGGCGGAGACGGCCUACGAGGAUAUGCGCCGCUUAUACAAGAAUACAUCUUCUUCUUGGUGUCCAAGUUGAAGUUCCACAGGGAUCACCCGGAGUUUAAUGGGCUGUUCGAGUAUGAGGAGUACAUCUCCCUCAAGUCGAUCAAUGAUCCCAAUGAAGGCUACGAGACGAUCUCCGAGCUUAUGACCCUGCAGGACCAGAUCGAUAGCUUCCAGAAGCUGAUUUUCGCUCACUUUCGCGGUGGUAGCAACAACGAAUGCAGGAUAGCAGCGCUGGUCCCGCUCGUGCAGGAGAGUUAUGGCAUCUACAAAUUCAUUACAAGCAUGCUGCGAGCAAUGCACACUGCGCUGGGAGACGACGAGGCUUUGAGCCCGCUCCGUGGGAGGUACGAUGCCCAGCACUACCGGCUCGUUCGCUUCUACUAUGAAUGCUCGAACCUUCGUUAUUUGACAUCCCUCAUCACCAUUCCAAAGCUUCCGCAGGACCCACCAAACACGCUGUCCGAAGACGAGAAUGCGCCCGCACUGCCAAUGCGACCAAGGAACGAGCCUGCGACGAAGCCAAAGACGCCUCCACCGACAACAACCGAUCCUGAGCCAAUUAGUGAAUUCUGGAAGAAUGAACAGGCACGGCAGCAAGAAGAGUUCGAGGCGGAGCAGCGACGAUUGCAGGCACAGUGGGACGAGACUCAGCGUCAACAGCAGCUAGCAGCACAGCAGGCACAACGCGACUUUGAUGAGCAGCAACGUCUACAAGCAGAGCAACAAAGAUUGGCUCUCGAGAAUCUGCAGCGCGAGCAGUACAAUCAGCAAACCCAAGGACGCAUGGCUGAGCUUGAGCAGGAGAAUCUGAGGGCACGUGCACAGUACGAGCGCGACCAAUUGAUGCUGGAGCAAUAUGAUAGGAGAAUGAAGGCACUGGAGCAAGAGCUAGCUCAAUUAAACGCGAACUUCACACAGCAGAAUCAGAGCAAGGAAGACCAAAUCCGAGCGCUUCAAGAGCAGGUCAACACAUGGAGGACCAAGUACGAGGCACUGGCUAAGCUGUACUCGCAGCUACGGCAUGAACACCUUGAAUUGCUUAAGAAGUUUAAGGGAGUGCAGCUCAAGGCUUCAUCAGCUCAAGAGGCUAUUGAUCAGAGAGAAAAGCUUCAGCGUGAGCUCAAGACGAAGAACCUCGAGUUGGCGGACAUGAUUCGUGAGCGUGACCGAGCACUGCACGACAAGGACAGGACCACAGGUGGACAUCGUGAAGAGCUGGAGAAGCUCAAGCGCGAGCUGCGCAUGGCACUGGAUCGAGCCGAGAAUGCAGAUCGCGCCAAAGGCAACGAGCUUUCUGCAAUGCUGUCCCGGCACAAUCGCGAGAUCGCUGACCUCGAGGAAGCCCUUCGCAACAAGACAAGAGCUUUGGACGAGAUGCAAAUGAAACUGGGUGAAGGCAGCUCCGACCUGGAACGUCAGCUUCGCGACAAGGAAGAAGAGCUGGAGAUCUACAAAUCUGGCAUGGAUCAGACAUUACUCGAGCUCAACGAUUUACGUAACGGCAACGGCACGACUGACAAGGCCAUGGAUGAACAGAUUGACAUCAUGCUCCUUGAGAACAUCAAAAAGAUCAACGAGCUUAUCGAUUCGGUACUCCAGUCCGCUGUGCAACGUGUUGACGAUGCGCUCUAUGAGUUGGACAGCUCCAUGAUCGCGGGUAACCAGAAUGCCAGCGGUCCCUUCGUGCUGUCGACAAUCGAGAAUGCACAGACCUACGCGAUCGAGUUCAGCACCUCUUUCAACAACUUCAUUGCUGAUGGGCCGUCCGGCAGCGAACACGCCGAGGUCAUCAAGAACGCGAACAAGCUUGCAAACGCCAUUGCCGAUGUGCUAUCUAACACCAAGGGGUUGACUCGUUUUGCGAGCGACGAAAAGAAGAGUGAUCAGCUCAUGAACGGCGCAAGGAACUCAGCCAACAAGACCAUUGCCUUCUUGCGAGGUAUCAUGUCGUACCGCUUGGACGGGUUGGACGAUCUGCAGAAGACGGAUGUGGUCAUCAACAAGAACAACGAUGUGCAGCUUGCGCUUCGGCAGUUGAGCAAAGUCGCAGAUGCUUUCGCGCCAAAGUCAAACAUUACCGGCCAAGGCGACAUUGGCGAGCUUGUCGACAACGAGAUGACGAAGGCUGCUCAAGCCAUCGACGCUGCUGCCGAGCGCCUCGGAAAGCUGAUGAAUAAGUCUCGCGACGGCUACUCGACCUACGAGCUGAAGAUUCACGACGCCAUUCUGGCCGCAGCUGUCGCCGUCACCAAUGCUAUCGCCCAACUCAUCAAAGCCGCUACUGCCUCGCAACAAGAGAUCGUCAACCAAGGUCGUGGCUCAAGCAUGACCAAGUCGCAAUACUACAAGAAGAACAAUCGCUGGACGGAGGGCCUUAUUUCUGCCGCCAAGGCUGUCGCAUCAUCCACCAAUAUGCUCAUCGAGACUGCGGAUGGAGUCAUUACCGGCCGAAACAGCCCUGAGCAGCUCAUUGUUGCGUCCAACGAUGUCGCUGCUUCAACGGCGCAGCUUGUGGCAUCAUCACGUGUCAAGGCAUCGUUCAUGUCGAAGACUCAGGAACGCCUCGAAGAGUGCAGCAAAGCAGUCACCAGCGCUUGCCGAAGUCUCGUCAAGCAAGUUCAGGCGAUCAUCGAAAGUAACAACGGCGGUGAUGAUCUGGAGGAUUACAGCAAGCUCAGCGGCCACGAUUUCAAGAAGCGACACAUGGAGCAACAGGUUGAAAUCCUCAAGCUUGAGAACGAGUUGUCUGCAGCGAGACACCGACUUGGCGAGAUGCGGAAACUGGCUUAUCAAGAGGACGAGGAAGACUAAGUCAUGUCAUCAUCAUUCGUUGAGCGGACCUUCUUGUAAAUUGGCUUCUCCGUCAUUAUAUAUUGCGUAUACCCUUGGAGCGAGAACGCUCGCUGUUGGCAGGUCCCUCUCGUUCGGCGGGACACUUCUCAAAAAGCCCGGCAACACCACAAAGCACCAGCGAAGCUUGGGUCAGCGAAGGUGAACAGGUACGUUGCAGU